AUGGCUCCAGUCUUCGUAUUUCCCCGAACCCUCCAUGCUUUGGAGGAAGAAGAUGAAGACAACUCCUCCAAUUACAUUCGCCUCUCUGUUUUUAAAUCCAUCUCUGUUACCGGAAUGCGUCCCGCGGAGCUUGACGAAUUCGUGAAAGGGGUUUCCUUCGAUUUGACGGAUAAGGAGCUAUUUUGCAUCGAGGAGCAAGAUGUUUUUGAUAAAGUAUAUUCGUUGGUCAAGGGUUUUGGUAGUCUUACUCCAGCUUGCAAGCUGAAUUUGGUGGAAGCUUUAAGGUCCAACCUUAGCGUUUUACUUCCCAAUGUUGAUGCCCUGGUUCGGGCCUCUCGGAGCAGGACACCGGACGUUGAUAAUGAUGAUGGCGAGGUUGUUGAUGAUGAAAUGGCUGAUGGGACAGUUGCGGACAAAGUGGCGUCACUUCGGAAUGCGUUUAAGAUCUACACCUUUUUCCUUGUGCAUAUUGUUCUCAUUGAGGAAGCUCAUGCAGCUGCUGCAAAUGUCACCUCUAAAAUGGUGGCAGCUAGUGGCAGGAAGAAAUUGCCUGUACAUUCUUGGAACUGGGAACCUCAGAGGGGAAGAAUACUGGCUGUACUAGCCAAUUCACUAGAGAUUAACCUCUCAUUGCUUUUUGGAUCAUCAGAUCUGGAUGAAAAUUACUUGUCUUUUAUUGUGAAAAAUGCAUUCUCGAUGUUUGAGAAUGCAACACUAUUGAAGGAUAUGGACACAAGGGAUGCUUUAUGCCGUAUAGUGGGGACAUGUGCCACUAAGUAUCACUAUCUUGCUCAGUCAUGUGCGUCGAUUUUACAUCUGAUACACAAAUAUGAUUUCGUCGUCACCCAUCUUGCUGAAUCUGUUGCCGCGGCCGAAAAGAAAUAUUCUGAUGGAACCCUUGCCACUUCUCUAGUUAGAGAAAUAGGAAGGACAAAUCCAAAGGAUUAUGUGAAGGACACAGUUGGGGCAGAAAAUGUUGGGAGGUUUCUUGUAGAGCUAGCCGAUAGGUUGCCCAAGUUGGUUUCAACAAACAUUGGAUUGUUAGUCCCACAUUUUGGUGGAGACUCAUAUAAAAUAAGGAAUGCUCUUGUUGGGGUGUUGGGGAAAUUGGUUGCGAAGGCCUUUUGUGAUGUUGAAGGUGAAGUGGCAUCAAAAUCUACCCGCUUGCGAACAAAGCAGGCCAUGUUGGAAAUCUUGCUGGAAAGGUGUAAGGAUGUCUCGGCUUAUACUAGGAGUCGUGUGCUCCAGGUUUGGGCAGAAUUAUGUGAACAGCAUUCUGUUUCAAUUGGCUUAUGGAACGAGGUUGCUGCAGUAGCUGCUGGAAGAUUGGAGGAUAAAAGUGCCAUUGUCAGAAAAUCAGCUCUUAAUUUGCUCAUCACAAUGUUACAGCACAACCCAUUUGGUCCACAACUUCGGGUGUCUUCUUUUGAAGCGACUCUUGAACAAUAUAAGAAGCGUUUAAGUGAGCUUGAACCAGAGGCUGUGUCAAAAAGCGUUCUGUAUGGCUUAGAUUCUGAAUCUGACACCAAAAAUGGAGAUGGCGAGGUCCAUAACGAAGUGGAAGAAUUAGAGCAAAAGCUAAACAAUGACAGCAUGCCUGAGAGCUAUUUGUCUCAAGAAGAUGACAUUGGCCAGAAGGGUAAUUCUGUUCCAGAUGUUGGGAAUUUGGAGCAAACCAGAACGUUAGUUGCAUCACUGGAGGCAGGUUUGAGGUUUUCCAAGCGUGUGACUGCGACAAUGCCAAUCCUUGUCCAAUUAAUGGCUUCAUCAUCAGUAAGUGAUGUUGAGAACAGCAUUCUAUUGCUAAUGAGGUGCAGACAGUUUCAGAUAGAUGGAUCGGAAGCAUGCCUCCGCAAGAUGUUGCCUUUGGUAUUUUCACAGGACAAAUCUAUUUAUGAGGCUGUUGAGAGCGCUUUUAUCACAAUAUAUUUACGGAAAAAUCCCUUGGAAACUGCCAAGAAUCUUCUGAAUCUUGCAAUAGAGUCAAACAUUGGAGAUCUUGCCGCGUUGGAAUUUAUUAUUGGGGCUUUAGUAUCCAAGGGCGACAUAAGUACUAGCACGUUAACAGCCCUUUGGGAUGUUUUCUGCUUCAAUAUCAAUGGGACCACUGCAGAGCAAAGCCGCGGUGCUUUGUCUAUCUUGUGUAUGGCAGCAAAAUUAUCAUCUGCGGUUCUCAGUUCGCACUUGCAGGAUAUUGUUGAUAUUGGGUUUGGUCGAUGGGCAAAAGUGGAUCCUUUGCUUGCUAGGACGGCAUGUGUGGCACUUCAAAGACUGUCUGAAGAGGACAGGAAAAGAUUGUUAUCAACUAAUGGAAGCCGGUUAUUUGGAAUUUUGGAUAGUUUAGUUACAGGUUCUUGGCUCCCAGAACACACAUGGUAUGCAGCUGCCGAUAGAGCAAUAGCUACUAUGUACACGAUUCAUCCGACUCCCGAGAUAUUGGCAUCCUCUCUGGUUAAAAAAUCUUUCAAUACUGUAUUUGGUGGCUAUGGAGGAGAUGAGUUGGGAAAUGAUGUUGUUGACGGAAGCACAAAUGUAGCCACUAUUGUUCAAGUGACUAAACUUAGCCGAUUUCUGUUUGUUGUAAGUCAUGUUGCGAUGAACCAUCUAGUCUACAUCGAUUCUUGUGUGCGAAAAGUUCAGAAAGGGAAAGGUAACAGAGACAAACUAGUUGCUGAAGGACAGCAAGCUCAUGGUGUUGACGAGAGUUUGGAGGCAAAGAAGGAUAAUAACAUAAGUGCAGAGUUGGGUCUUGCAGCAUCGGAUGAUGCAUUGCUUGAUACUCUUUCUGAUACUGCUGAGAAAGAAAUUGUUUCUGGUGGUGCUUCUGAGAAGAACUUGAUUGGUUGUUGUGCCCCAUUCAUUUCCAAACUAUGCCGGAAUUUCGCUUUAAUGCAAAAGUAUCCAGAACUACAGGCAUCUGGGAUGCUUGCCUUAUGCCGGUUAAUGAUUAUUGAUUCCAGCUUCUGUGAAGCAAAUCUUCAGCUUCUCUUUACUGUUGUUGAGAAUGCACCUUCAGAAACUGUUCGUUCAAAUUGUACUGUUGCUCUUGGGGAUUUGGCUGUCCGUUUUCCUAAUUUAUUGGAGCCAUGGACGGAGAACAUGUAUGCUCGGCUAAGAGAUCCAUCAGCCUCUGUCCGGAAAAAUGCAGUCUUGGUUCUUUCUCACCUAAUAUUGAAUGAUAUGAUGAAGGUGAAAGGCUACAUCAAUGAAAUGGCUAUAUGCCUUGAAGAUGAGGAUGAAAGGAUAUCCAAUUUAGCUAAACUUUUCUUUCAUGAGUUGUCCAAGAAAGGCACAAAUCCUGUAUACAACCUACUUCCAGAUAUCCUGGGCAAAUUAUGUAGUCGUAAUCUGACAAGAGAAUCAUUCUGCAACAUCAUGCAGUAUUUAAUAGCUUCCAUCAAGAGGGACAAACAAAUGGAGUCUCUUGUAGAGAAACUUUGCCACAGAUUUGGUGGUGUUACAGAUGCUAAGCAAUGGGAAUACAUGUCUUACUGCCUCUCUCAGCUUGCGUUUUCUGAGAAGAGCAUGAAAAAGCUGAUGGAGUCUUUAAAAUCCUUCGAGCAUGCCUUAUCUAAUGACACUGUCAUGGAUCAUUUAAGAAGCAUUAUUAAUAAGGGAAAGAAAUCUGCCAAACCAGAAUUCAAGUCAUGCAUUGAAGAGUUUGAGGCCAAGAUCUGUAAGCUGCACACUGAAAAGAAAGAUCAAGAACUCACUGCAAUGAAUGCUCAAGCUCAUAAGGAGAGGGUCGAAAGGAUGGGACGCAAUGUGACAGUUGAGAAUGGAGAGGAAGGUGGAGAAUCAGAGAGAGGAGAAGACGGUGAAGUUAUUGAUGAUUUACCAGAAUCUUCACAAGCAGGAUCAACAGAUGGUGAAGUUAUUGAUGAUUUACCGCAAUCUUCACAACCAGAUUCAACUACUCCUGAUUCAAGUCCAACUUCCGACCCUGCUAGUGACGUGACAGCAUCUGGAUCAGAUGAAGAUGAAGUUCAAUCGCCAUACAGUGAUCAAAGUGGUAGUAAAACCUUCAUAGAUUUCUAAUCUGUGGGUAUAUUGACAUUUAUAACCAUAGUCAUCUUUCAGGCACAACUAAAUCCACGGGGGAGAAGAGAAGCACAAGAAAAGGAAGUGUUGGUGGUUAUAUGUCCACUAGAGGAACUUCAAAGUCAAAGAGAAGGUGUGUGCUUACCUCACAUGCCUCAAUCAUUUCUUAACUUUCUGUCAUUAUAAGCUGCAUCCUGAAAUUGCAAAGUCGUGACCUCUAGCAUUCAUCAAUUUUUUAAGAACUUCAUUUUUUUUACUGAGUUAAAACAUGUUUUUCCUGAACUACCCUGACUCCUGACUUGGAAAAAGGAAGAGACUCUUUUCAGUUGUUCACUAUCCUUCGGUUGAAAGUCUGGAUUUAUAAUGCUAGAGCCAUUAUAUGUGUGCUAUGUAGGCUGUUUAGAAUAGAGUAUAUAUAACUGGUUUCAAAACUUAACCUUUAGAGGUGAAAAGGUAACCGCAAUAAUCUUGACUUCUGAUGGACUAGAAGCAUUUAUGAAUUAAUCGAUGAAUUUGAAUGUUAAAAGAUGGCAUACUCAGAACUAUAGUUGAUUCAAUUAGCUGCUGGGUGAUUUGAUCAGCUGUCGUGAAUGACCACCAAAAGAUGAAUCAAUGAGAAUUUGGUUUUGUCAGCAAAAGCUACUGUCUGUCCAGGACAGACAAGUUAUCAGAUAUUACAGUAAGCUAAGUUGUAGAUCUUUGUCCAUAUAGAUUACCUUUGCGUUGUUUUGAAUUUGGAGAGAUGAGUUGUUCUUGGCUCUUGCAUACGAGCUCACAGUUUUCAUUGAUUGGAACUCUAUGCAGGUAGCCAGAGUAUAAACCAGACAAGAUAGUCAUGCGUUUCACGCAUCGUUCUUAGUUAGCCGAAAGCGAGAAGUACAAGUGUAGUGUGUUGUAUUAUUUUCAACAUGUAGGGCGAGUUCCAUCCCAGAUCUGCCUAUUUUGUUCGUAGUAUGUAUGAUCAUGUUGUAGGGCGAGUUCCAUCCCAGAACUGCCUAUUUUGUUCGUAGUAUGUAUGAUCAUGUUGUAUACAGAUUAAAUGGCUGAUGUUUCGGUGUCCAACUGUAUCUUUGGAAUCUCUUCAAUAUGAUAUUAUGAUUGCGUUGCUCAUCC